AUGGAAAAUCAACAGCUGUUGUAUCAAGAAAUUGUUGGUGAAAUUACGCCAUAUUGUGACACUGAAUUUGUAUCUACAAUCUUUGAUCCUCAAACAAGGUUUUCCAUCGAUGAAGACCAAUCCAAGUCAUUAACAUCAACAAGUGAAACCAACAUCCGUUCUCUUCUAACACAUCUUGAUGAUCAACAAGAUUUAGCUGAAGCAUGGCAAAUAUUUACAAAACACCAUCGUUUAUUUGAUACAACAACAAUAACCAUUGCCGAAACAGAUACACCACAUGUCAUCUGCACGGAAAAUAAACCUCCAACAACAUCUCGACCUUACCCGCAAACCAUCGAAAAGCAAAAUGCUACUUUCGAUAUUCUUCAACAAAUGUUGAAAAAUCAACAGAUUCGGCCAUCUUUUUCUCAAUAUUCAGCUCCAAUUUUGUUGAUCAAGAAACGCGACGGCAGUUAUAGAUUUAUUGUCGAUUAUCGAAAACUCAACAAUAUCACCGUUCAAGAUAAUUAUCCUUUACCUAAUCUUGAACAAGCAAUUCAAAUGGUUGGUGGUCGUCGUUAUUAUUCAAAAUUAGAUCUCAAGUCGGGCUAUUUCCAAAUUCCAAUUAAAGAAGAUGAUAAACACAAAACAGCAUUUAUCACAACUCAUGGUUUGUUUGAAUUCAACGUUUUGGCCCAAGGACUUAAAAAUAGUUCACCAUCGUUUCAACGUAUUAUGUCAGGUUUGUUACUUCCAUGUAAAAAAUUUAGUAUCGUUUAUUUAGAUGAUAUUUUAAUUUACUCGGACAAUUUUGAUCAACAUUUACAACACGUCAAUCAAUUUUUGGCUAUUCUCAAUAAACACAAAUUUCAACUUAAUCCACCAAAAUGUGAAAUAUUUCGUACCAGCAUUGAUUAUUUAGGUCAUACAAUUAGUAAUGAUGGUGUACGUCCACUUCAAGAACGCAUCGAAAAAAUGUUAUCUCUUCCACAACCUAUCUCAUUACAUCAAGCAAAUGCAUUUAUUGGAUCAAUUGGAUGGUAUAGGAAGUUUAUCAAGAAUUAUGCUCAUAUAGCUGUACCUAUAUCAGCAGUUACAAAUUUAACCAAAGCAAAUAAACACAAGUUUCAUUGGGAUCAAGAUCAACGUGAAGCUUUCGAUAAAUUAAAAGAAGCUCUUAUCACUGACCCAUUAUUUCUUACUUAUCCUGAUGAUAAAUUAUCUUUAACAUUAGAAAUUGAUGCUUCGGAUAAUUGUAUUGGUGGUGUAUUGUUUCAGGAAGAUGACAACGGCCAAAGGAAAAAUAUUUAUUUCCAUUCACAAAUGUUACCAAAACCUCAGCGUAAAUGGCCUACGAUUGAGAAAGAGCCAUUAGCCAUUUAUUAUUGUGUUUUACGCAUGAAAUUAUAUUUAUUCGGACGUGAAUUUACUGUAUAUACAGAUCAUUGUCCAUUACGUGAUAUGCAGUUGAGACCCUCAAAUAAUCGUCGUGUUGAUCGUAUAUCACUGAUUUUAUAA